ACUGUCAAAAAUGACAAAAUUACAAACAAAUUUUGCUGCUGCCUUGCCUCGCAUUUAGCUUAAAUUCUUAAAAAUAUUAAGAAAGUUUUAAUCUAAUUCACAUUAAUAGUGCUAAAUCUUAUAAAUUAUCAUAGUAUAAAACAGCUUACAGCAUGAAGAAAACACAGAAACUCAAGCAUAAUUAUGAGUCAAGCGAAAGCAGUGACGAUGAAAGCCUUCUAGCAAUAGCCAGGAAGAAAAGGCGCAAUUGUAAAGUAGCUGAAAAGUAUCGCAUAAAUGUAGACAAUCCGCUGUGCGAUGUCCGGCAAGAAGCUUGCGAGUUCUGUGAUAGAACGUUUAGUAAUAGAUUGCAAUCUCUAGUCCACAAUUCAAAACACAUAAUAAUACCGUUAAUCAAAUGUGACGCAUCACAACCACUUCACAAGCAGAGAAGUACAUCACCAGUAAAAGAGUUACCAAAAUUUAACAACAACAAAAUAAUACUUGGAAAGAAGAAAAUGAACAAUACAAGCUUAAGAGACAGAAUUGUAUUUGAUGAUGAUGAUCCCGAUGUAAUAGUGCUUAGCGAUACAGACAGUAUAGAAGAAAAUAAAAUAAAAGGAAUCUCAAAAGAAGUGGCGAAAUUAAAACCAGACAACAAUGAAAAUAUCCUUAACAGUUUCGUGUCAGACUGUAGGGUAAUCUUGGACGAUACAAUAAGCUUGAUAAGCACUAUAGAACCAGAUGAAGAUAUAAUUGUGAAUCAACACCAUAAUAAUGAUACUAGUCAAUUAGGAAACAAUUUAAAUAACCAUCACAUUCAAGGAAAUACUACAGUUGUCAGCCAAGAGAGGGGUCUGAUGGACAACAAAUCCAUAGAUAACAUAGAAGAUAAAGUGUAUAGUGUUCAUAAUGAUGAACUGUUGAGAACCGCAACGCAUUAUUGCGAGUUUUGCCACAGAGAAUUCCCUAACAGAUUCAAAUACAUCCAACACAAGCGCCACCACUUGCGCGUGCGCAUCGCUCGGCCAGACUACUGCGUGGUCUGUGACGCCUCCCCGCGCCGCAGACUGUCAGUCAUGUGUGCACGCUGCACACAGACCCACGGCCAACACUACGACACAGAUGAGGAACCGGCCAUAGACAACCACUUCCCCAACUCAAAAACGCUGCACGAAGAAAGACUAGACGUAUCAUACUUGAGACUAUGCGACAUAUGUGCCGUAUUCAAAUUGCGAAACGCUAACACCAUACGUUUGAAUCUCAAGAAGAAGGCCACACACAACAAGAAUUAUAGAUACACUCAGCUGCUGUAUAGUGUGAUGAUGGAGAUAAACGACAUAGGUGCGGACCACGUGUGUGAACACUGCGGCAAUGCAUUUAGUGAGGGCAAGAUUAUUGAGCGGAAAAACAAGGAUGUGUUUAAACAUGAGGAGGAGACGAAAACGUCUAUGAUGAGUAAACUGCAGUUCGAGGAGGAUUGUCCGGUUAACAAGCCGAGGAAUUCAAAGUCGCUGUCGAAUGUGCAACGGUUGAGUCGCAUUAAGCAGAGGUUUAAAAAGAUUAGGAAAAUAAACCAAUGUUGAGUUUU